AUGGCGGACGCGGGCGCUGCGGAUCUCGGCACCUCCGCCGCUGCCGAUGGGGCGCUGUUUCGCAAGCUCGUGGCCGAGGGAUACGACCAGUGUGCCGAGGCCUACCUGCGCCAGCAUAGCCAGCAGGCGUCGGACGACGACCUGCGCCAAGAGCCCUUUCGGGAGCUGAUGGCCGAGCUUCCCGCAGGCGCCCAUGUGCUGGACGCAGGCUGCGGGGCUGGAGUGCCGAUAGCGAAGGCCAUCGUGGACGAUGCGCGGCAGAUGCGGGUGACCGGAGUUGACAUCUCCCCCCGGCAGAUCGAGCUGGCGAAGCAGCUGGUGCCCUCUGACCGGGCCACCUUCCUUUGCAGCGACAUGGCGUCCCUGGUUUGCGAGCCAGAGAGCUUCGACGCGAUCUGCGCUUUCUUCUCCGUCUUCCACCUGCCGCGCCGGGACCAUGCUGCGUUCUUCGCGCGGGCCGCGUCCUGGUUGCGGCCCGGUGGGCGUUUCGUGUUCAACCUCGCAGCCGGCGAGGACGGCGACGGGGAGUGUGAUUUGUCGACAGACUUCUUGGGAGCCACGAUGGUUUGGUCUUCGUAUCCCAGGGAUCACACGGUGAAACUCUUGGGUGCAGCGGGCCUCUCAGUGGUCAAGGAAGAGCUGAAGAUGGUGACGACAGGUGAUGAGGUCGACCGUUCAGGGCUUCGGUUUCGAUUCUUCCACUGCAGAAAAGAGUGA